AUGGCCACGCCCCCUCAGCGCGCUGUGCGUCACGUCCGGCGGCGCACCCGGAAGUGGCGUGGGGCCGGUUGCCAUGGGACGGCCCGGGAGGGGAGACUGCACAGAUACCUGGCCAGGGUGACAGACACAGAAGCCACGGACACGAGGAACCCGAACCUGAACUAUGGGAUCGUGGUGGAUUGUGGCAGCAGCGGCUCCAGGGUGUUUGUGUACUGCUGGCCCCAGCACAACGGCAACCCCAAGGACCUGCUGGACAUCCAGCAGAUGAGGGACAGCAACAGGAAACCCGUGGUGAUGAAAAUCAAACCAGGAAUUUCAGAGUUUGCCAGCAAUCCUGACAAGGUCAGUGAUUACAUCUCACCCCUGCUGAGCUUUGCUGCCGAGCACGUGCCCCGCUCCAAGCACAAGGAGACUCCUCUUUUUUGUUGUUGUUUUUUUGACUUUCCCAUGGAAUUUUGCAGCCAGCAGAAAGCAAUCCUGGAGGAUUUGCUCACAGACAUCCCCGUGCACUUUGAUUUCCUCUUCUCUGACUCCCACGCUGAGGUGAUUUCUGGGAAGCAGGAAGGAGUCUAUGCAUGGAUUGGGAUCAACUUUGUCCUUGGAAGAUUUGAGCACACGGAUGAUGAGGAUGAGGCCGUGGUGGAGGUGCAGAUCCCAGGGAACGAGCACCACGAUCCCAUUUUCCGGAAGAGAACCGUGGGGAUCCUGGACAUGGGUGGGGUCUCCACACAAAUCGCCUACGAGGUGCCCCAAAGUGAGGAAGUGGCCAAGAACUUGCUGGCAGAGUUUAAUUUGGGCUGUGAUGCCCACCAGACAGAGCACGUGUACCGGGUGUACGUGGCCACCUUCCUGGGCUUCGGGGGCAACGCGGCCCGCACGAGGUACGAGCAGAGCCUGCUCUCCAGCAGCCUCCUCAGGAACAGGCUGCAGGGCUCUCGGGCCGGGCUCAGCCCCGAUGUCCCUGUCGCUGACCCGUGCCUGCCCCGGGACGCCCGGCAGGAGCUGCAGCAGGCGGGGCUGACUCUGCAUUUGCGCGGCACCGGCCACUUCCAGCAGUGCCGGCAGCUGCUGCAGCCGCUGCUCAACAGAACCAACGAGACCCAGAGCUCCCUGAACGGCGUCUUCCAGCCCCCCCUGCACUUCCAGAGCAGCGAGUUCUACGGAUUCUCCGAGUUCUAUUACUGCACCGAGGAUGUGCUGAGGAUGGGAGGGGAUUACAGCGCUGCCAAGUUCACCAAAGCUGCACAGGAUUAUUGUGCCACCAAGUGGUCGGUGCUGCGGGAACGCUUCGAGCGCGGUCUCUACGCCCCCCACGCGGAUCUGCACCGCCUCAAGUUCCAGUGCUUUAAAUCCGCCUGGAUGUUCGAGGUUUUCCACCGGGGAUUUUCCUUCCCCGAGAGCUACGGGAGCCUGAAGACAGCUCUGCAGGUCUAUGACAAGGAGGUGCAGUGGACCCUGGGGGCCAUCCUCUACAGGACCCGCUUCCUGCCCCUCAGGGACAUCCAGCAGGAAAAUUUCCGUGGGACUCACUCUCACUGGAGGAGUUUCUCCUUUGUGUACAACCACUACCUGUUCCUGGCCUGCUUCCUGGUGGUGCUGCUCUCCAUCCUGCUCUACCUGCUCCGCCUGCGCCGCAUCCACCGCCGCCUGCUCCGCAGCGCCUCCUCCCCUUCCCUCUGGAUCCAGGAGGGGCUUCCCCCGCAGAAAAUCCCGGGAAAUGUCUGAGAUCCAUCCUCGGAAAAUCCCGGGAUUCAUCCACUGAAAAUCCCGGGAAAUGGCUGAGAUCCAUCCUCUGAAAAUCCCGGGAUUCAUCCACUGCAAAUCCCGGGAUUCAUCCACUGAAAAUCCCGGGAAAUGGCUGAGAUUCAUCCAUUGAAAAUCCCGGGAUUCAUCCACUGAAAAUCCCGGGAAAUGGCUGAGCUCCAUCCUCUGAAAAUCCCGGGAAAUGGCUGAGCUCCAUCCUCUGAAAAUCCUGAGAUUCAUCCACUGAAAAUCCUGGGAUUCAUCCACUGAAAAUCCUGGGAUUCAUCCACUGAAAAUCCUGAGAUUCAUCCACUGAAAAUCCUGGGAUUCUUCCACUGAAAAUCCCGGGAAAUGGCUGAGAUCCAUCCUCUGAAAAUCCCGGGAUUCAUCCACAG